CGACUCUUUCUCUUCCCUUUUCUUUUUUCUUUCUCUUUUUCUUUUCACUGUCUUUGAUCUAUUUAGGUUCAUUAGUAUUCUGAAAUAUGGUCAAGAUAUCAACUGAAUUCAUUUCCAUUGGUUGCAAUCGAACUACUCAUGCAUGCGCUUGGAGUUCUAAUGGUCUAGUUGGAUUUGGUGCUGACAAGUUUAUUGCCCUUUACUAUCCUUUGGAUAAAAAUUGUCAAGGCAUCAAAGAAACUCUUCCUGGCCAUAAGGAUCGUGUUAUUUGUGUAGAAUUCAUCGAAAGAGGUUAUCAAUCCAAUCCUGAUCAACUUGUUAUUAUCUCUGGAUCAGCCGAUCAUACAGCUAAAGUGUGGAAACAAAAUGGACAAAAUGAAUGGACUUGCUCGGCAACUCUUACUGGAUUCACUGGUGCUGUGGAAACUAUUGCAACUUUACAUACUGAAAAGGUUGCAGAAGACGCCAAAGAUUUAAUUGUGACUGGAUCAGCAGAUGGAAAAAUUCGUAUUUGGGAACGAACUGUCAAAGAUCAAGAUACUGAUGAUGUGAUUUGUAUUCAAGAACUUAACUGUGGAAACAAGUAUCCAAUGUCACUGGCUCUUGCUUACCUUCCUGGAACAACAAUUCCUGUGAUUGCUAGUGGUCAUACGGACAAAGUGAUCAACAUUUAUAUAUAUCAACAAGGUUCUCAAUCAUUCGAAAAGGUCUACACUCUCCAAGGUCAUGAUAAUUGGGUACGAUCUUUAGCUUUUGCAACUUACACAGGCACAUCUGCUGAUCAUGAUGCAAACAACAAUAACAAUAGUAGUAGUAAAACACAUACUCUUCAUACUGGUGAUCUUGUUUUAGCUAGUGGAUCUCAAGAUAGAUUUAUUCGAAUUUGGAAAAUAUCACCCCACUCAACUGAACCAUCUUCCAACGAUAUUGAAGAACAUCAACAAGAAACAGGAUCAAGUGAUUCCAAUAUUAUUACCAAUGACUUGAUUGAAGCUUUGAAAGAAAGUGCACUCACUGGUGAAGAAGCUGAACUUAGUACAAAGGCACAUUUGAUCAAGGCAGAUAUUGUAAAGGAAGACGGACAACUAACACAACAAGAAUUCUCUAUUAUGUUUGAAGCUUUGCUGAUGGGUCAUGAUGAUUGGGUAUUCAGUGUAUCAUGGGAAAGGCCAAAACCAGUGAAGAUGGAAAAUGGAGACAUCAAGUAUGACCAACCUAUGCGAUUGAUUUCAGCUUCUAGUGACAAAUCUAUGAUGAUCUGGAGUCCUGAUCCAUUAUCUGGUGUUUGGGUGAAUGAAGUACGUAUGGGUGAUAUUGGAGGCAAUGCAGCUUUAGGUUUCUGUGGUGCACUUUUUAGUCCUGAAGGAAAACACGUUCUUUCUUAUGGGGCAAACGGAUCAUUCCAUCUUUGGGAAGAACAAGAACACAAUCGUUGGUCUCCACAAGUUACAAUUAGUGGUCAUUUCAAACAAGUUGAACAGGUUACUUGGGAUCCUCAAUCAAGAUACCUUGUUUCUGCCAGUUUGGAUCAAACUACUAGAUUAUAUGCACCAUGGCGACGACAAGUAGAUGGUGAAUUAAUUGAAACUUGGCAUGAAAUGGGACGACCACAAGUGCAUGGUUAUGAUAUCAAGUGUGUGGCCUUUACUCACAAUUGGCAAUUCGUUAGUGGAGCUGAUGAGAAGGUACUCCGUGUAUUUGACACUCCUCGGUCCUGUGUUGAAAGCUUGGCGGAACUAACUGGUGAAGAAAAAAUGAAAGCAGAAAUAGCAAGUCGACCUUUGGGUGCUAAUCUUCCAGCUCUUGGUCUAUCGAAUAAAGCAGUAUUUGAAAACGACAUUGAAGCAAUGACAAAUGCAGACGAAAAUCAUGCAACAUUGCAGAGUUAUUCUCAUGCUUCAGCUACACCUACAGCUCUUAUUGAAACGAUGGUACAACCUCCUUUUGAAGAACAUUUGAUUCAACACACUCUUUGGCCGGAAAUGGAAAAACUUUAUGGACAUUUGUAUGAAGUGAUGUGUGUGGAUGGAACAACGGAUGGAAAAUACAUCGCUACUGCUUGCAAGGCUUCUACAAGUGAACAUGCUGUUGUUCGUCUCUUUGAUACAACCAACUGGAAAGAAUUGCCUACCAAGAUUGCUGCUCAUACAUUGACAGUAACACGUGUCCGAUUCUCACAUAAUGAUCGCUGGCUACUAACGGUAUCUCGUGAUCGUUACUGGUCCUUGUCUGAACGAAAGUCUACUGGAGAACAAGAUGAAUAUGUAUUGGUGGCGAAGAACAAAGCUCAUGCUCGUAUUAUUUGGGAUUGUUCUUGGACUCAUGACGACUCGUUAUUUGUUACUGGUUCUCGUGACAAGACAUUCAAAGUAUGGCAACAACAAAAAGAAAAUGGUGAAUGGAUUUGUAUUAGUACUAUCAAGUGUACUGAAGCUGUCACUGCAUUAGACUUUGCUCCUGAUUUGAAGAAUGGAUUGUAUAUUUUGGCUGUGGGAUUGGAAAAUGGACAAAUACAACUAUGGACAGGAUCAAAGGAAUCUCCAAACCAAUGGGAAUUAUGGACUGAUAUAGAUCCAAGGAUUUCUCAUGUGGGUGUUGUACGGUCAUUAUCCUGGAGGUCGGUUGAAGGUCGAUUCCAACUGGCAUCCGGUGGUGAAGAUCAUUCUGUUAGGAUAUUCAAUGUAGAAUAGAAUAGAAGAAUAGAAGAAGAAAUAUAAAUAUUGAUGUGAAUAAAUGAUUUGUUUUUUUUUUUGUUGGAU